AUGGCCGAGCAGAGGCAUAGAGACUAUCCGGACUUGACUUCAUUCGGCUCUUGGGGGCCCGACGGUAACCGACGCAGCUCAGGCCUUGGAUGCCGGUUAUGCAAUGGGGUCAUGAGGAAACACAAUCCGUCGCCUGGACACGAGUGCGCCCUCGAGGCCAGGGUCAGACGAGGAGCAAUUGUUUGUAGGUGUGUGUGGGACUGGGCCCGAAACAAGACAUGGGGGACAUGGGGUACAGUCCAGGGUUUAGCGAGUCUGCUGGUCCCCACGUCGUCAGACCGGGCGCUGUGCGAAACCGUUGCGAAGCAGAGCGCGACUGGAUGCGUAUGUGCAUGUGAGAAAGCCGGUGUCAUAGUCUGUCACACGAGCCGAUUUGACAAGAUGUCAGUUGCUGUAUGA